UCAGUGAAUUUAUUUAUCAUUUGGUAAAAAUGUCACUAACAGAAUAACUUCUUGUUUUCAUUUUUUUUAAAGGUAAAUAUGAAAGGUCUAAGGCCAAAUUAAAUUUUUAAAAAUCAUAAACUCUGUUAGUAUUAUCAGGCAUUAAAAGAUAUAUAAAUAUAAUUCACCAAUCGUUCAUUUAAAUUAUUCAAUCAAUUAUUCUUUUGUGAUGAUAUCUUAAUUUUAAUCAAUCUCAAUCAUCGUCUUAACUUACCUAAACUAAACUAACUAUCUUAACUUUUUAACUAUCAGACUUUCUAUUAUUUAUUACUAUUACUAUUCUGAAUUUGAUUAUUAUUUAUAACUAUUACUAUUAUUAUAUUAAAAUUAGGAUAAGUAUUAUUCAGUCUAUUACUAUCGUUAUCAUGUAAUUUAACUACUUUAGACUAGAAAAGUUUAGACUAAAUAGGCUUAGCGGGCAUAGACAAUUUAAAAUCAUUUAUUAUUAUGAUUUAUUGUUAAAAAAUUAUGUUGAUGAAGAAGUGAAUGCAGAAUAGACCCAGAAUACUCUCAAGAGUCGGUCAAAGUCAUGAAUUCAAAUAUAUUCCCUCGCCAUAUAAAUAUAAUAUAAUGAUAUAUAUCAAUAUCGCCAUAUAUUGUGGUUAACUUUUUGGGGUCUCACACUCACAUUAUCAUGGAUUUUUAAAUUGUGUACAUACAGGGUAUAUCUAAUUUUGGGCUAACGGCUAAUGUCUGUUCAUUGCACCACUUUGAGUUCAAAUAAUAUAUUAAGUAUAAUAGUAUAAUGUCUCUACUUCGUGAACUUCCGCCUCUUGCAGGAGGGGUGGGGUGUCCUUGAACUAAGGAGACCAUCCAUAAAUGAUGUCAUGCAAAUUUUUCCCCCCCCCCCCCCCCCACAUCGUCAUAAAAAGUUAGACACCCCUUCAAAUAAAAUGUGACAUAUCUCUGUACCCCCUCCCCCAAUAACAAUUCCAUGUGUCCACUACCGCCCUUUACAAAACCUUAAGAAAUUCACCUCCAAAUUACUGCACCUGUGUCAGAAACAUUUCACGAGAACAGUGAUUCUUAACCCGGGCUAAAAGUAACCCCCAACCCUCAGGUACGGAAGGCCAGAAAAUUGUAUUUUCUGCCAUUGAUUGCUAGUUGUAAAUGCUUUUUUAAAAAUUCAGUUUUUAUGCAUUUUGAUUAGCAGAAUUAACUGUUUUUCUGGUGAAUUUUGUUUGCGCCUUGCUUGUAUUGGUAAUUUUUUUCUUUGUUUAUAAAAAUUUAAAUCAAAGAAAUAAAACUACGAUAACUAAAUUAUUUACUUAUUUUCGUAUGUUAAAUUUUAUUACCGGUACAAUAUAAUUAAUACGAUUCGGGGGAUGUUUAAAAUGCAGUGGGCCUGUAGCGCUGCAAAAAAGUUAAGAACCCUUGCCAUAGAGCAAAUACUAAGAUCACCCCACCCCCCUGUGAACCAUUUUUUUCCAUUCCACUUCACUUGGUAAUUCAAUGACUUCUGUUUCCACAUUUUGGCAUAAAUUCUCUCGACUGUCAAAGUCACUGCACCCAUUUCUCCUCCUUGGUGUAACUUGAUCAGAGGCCAUUUCUGGGACCUCACAUACCUGUACUGAUUCUCUCAUUGAUCCUAGCUUAAAGAUAAAAUAUUUAUAAUUGUUGUAUAAAAAAAUCAUGUUAAAAAUGUCUGUAAUUUAGGGUUAUUAACUGCAAUACUUAACUUUAAUCUUUCGCUUUUCUUACCCACCUCAUCACACAUCGUCACUCCAGUGAUGCCACUUACUGAAAACUGUGAAUCCUGAAAUCCCUUUUUAAAAAUUUCUUGCAACCUGAAACUUCAUUUACAACCCUGAAAUAAAAAAAACUCAUAAAAUUUAUACACUGUAGAAAUAAUUUCUUGCACAAUGAUUACAAAGAAAGAGAGAGGCUUGCAAACAAAAGUGAGAGGUCACAGUACUUGUUUUAUUUAUCGCGAACCCCCUCUCGCUGGAUAGGCUUUCGCGCAUUCUAACACAUUGAUUUUUUUUUUUAAACCCAGAAUCCGUAUUUCAAUAAACUGAACUGGUGAAUCCCGCAAAAACUCACAAAUCCAGAGCUGAAAAAUAUUUAGCCUCAGGAAUCUUGAAUUCCAGGAUAAUUCAGAAAAGUAGCACACCUGGACUACCCUCCCCCCUGUAGAUGUGUUACGUAAUUUAUGGAUGGCCCCUAACCCCUGCAAUAGAUGAGGGACCACCAUAGACCAUAAAAGAAAUAAGCUAAUUUUUGGCAUUAUUUUUUUAAAGGAUUCACUCACUUAUAUUACUUAUGCUUAAAAUUGAAUAUAUUUUCUAUUCUCAAGUUUGACAUUGUAUUUACAAGUUGUAGAAUAAAAAGGUCUAGGAUUGUUAGUUAACUUAAUAAGCUAUAGCCAAUUCCUAUUGUCAUAUUAUUAAAACUGCUUUUUUAGCUAACUCGCAACACACUUUAAGACAGUUUCAUUUUUACAUUUGGAAAAAACUUUAAAAUGUUUAGGUUUAAGCCACAAUCGCACACACUCAAAAGAUGUGAUCAGUGUAUCACACUUUGUCACAUAUCAUUAAAAAAAAUCUUAAUAAGCACCAAAUUUAAUUUUGAAAGAUGAAAGUUAGUGUAAUAUAUUUCAGGUAAAUAAUUGUUGAGUCCUUUUUUUUUUAUAAGAACCCUGUUUCAGUGUUUAGCUUUAGUUUGUUUAAAAAUAAUUGUAUUCUAAAAUACUUUUAGUCUAGGCAUGCCUGAUAUUUGUCUGUCUUGCGGUGUGGAGGCUGUUAUAGAGGUUGAAGUAGAUGGAGAGGGAUCUCAAAGGAUUUGCAUUGAGUGUGCCUCAGUUGCUUCUGGGCCCAGAUCAGAGGUUUGUAUACAACAUGUAAUAAAAUAUUUUUAUUUUAGGUUAGUUAGUUAUUUGUCAAAAUUUGAUUUUAUUACUCGUACGUAACACGGAUUUUUAAUUUUUUUUAAAUAUAAUAAAUUUAUGCUGUAUUUGAGUAAUUACUUAUUUAUGGGGAAGAUGACAUUUUUAUACUGACCUUUCAAUUUUGACUAAGUUUAUUUAUUUAAAAGAAUAAAAUUAAAUUAGUUUGUUUAUAUUACCAUAUUUUAUUUUUAAUAAUUUUUUUUAAAGGAGAUUUCGACGCCUGAUGACAAUGAAACAAGUCCCAAUAAGAGUGAUGAGCUAGUUUGUGAAUCAUGUGGGGAAACUCUCUCCACCUCAUUGGUUUUAGAAGGUCUUCAAACAUGCCCAGAGUGUCAAGCCUUGGAGGAUAACGACCCCAACCAAGAAAAGAAAUUACCCCUUUGUUGUAAUGCAGAAACUGAUAGAGAUUUAAACAUUGAAAUUUCUCAUGGGACUGAUGUCUGCAUAUCCUGUGGUUGUAAGGAUUUGAUUAGGGACUGCAUAGGAAUGGAUGAACGAAAAGUUUGUAGAGGCUGUGGAUCAAUAUUAGCUGAAUCUGAUUUGGUUGGCGAAGAAUUCUUUGGUGUGUCACGUUCAUACAUGAACACUUUACCUACAUACGCUAACAAAGCUCAAAAGCUGAAAGGCCUUCUCGCUGGACACAAUAAAAUAUCAAUACUUCAUGAUAAAUUAUGUUUUUCAGAAGUGAUAAAGGCAGAAGCCUUGGAAAUGUUUGAGAAGGUGUUUUAUAAGAAGGAGGUAUUCUAUGCACAGAUUGUUACUAAGGAAAACAUUGCCGCGGCUUGUCUGUUUAUUGUUUGUCGUCUCCAUGACAUACCUAUUUGUCUAACUCACUUCAAACCUCACCUUGAUAAGUUUUCUGCUUUUACAAAAGCCAAUAAGAAAGUUCUGAAGUACUUAGACAUUACUCUCCCACACAUGAACACAAGCAGUCAGGUGAGCCACUAUCUCGAGGGCCACGGCUUUGAUAGCAAAAUGGUUGAUAAAGUCAAAGAUAUUUUGUUUUUGUGUCGACAGGCUUGGCUAACACAGGGCAGAGCAAGAGAAGGGCUCAUUGUUAUUGCUUUAUACUAUGCCUAUCUUAGUGUAGGUCAGGGCAAAGGUAAAGUCACACUGAACAAGUUCAGAGAAAUGUAUAAAUUUCCUGCUGUGUCAAGCAAUCUUCAUAAAGAAUGUAACAACCUUUUUCUAAAAUUAGCCAGGACCCUACCAUGGGUGUCUGGUAGUAUCAUUACAAUGAAGACACUGUAUCGUUACAUCGAUGACAUACUCAAGUACCAAAAUAGCCUUUUCCACCUAGCAUUUAAAAGAGAUUACAUGUCAUCCUCUAGUGAUAACGCUGAGAAUUCGUGCACUGAAAGCUCUGUGGGUGCUUCUUCAAGCUUGAUGACAUCU